CGUAAAAUUACAACACAGGAUCGUUUAGUCGAAUCUAUUCUUCUCUGAUCUCUAUUGACCAUUGUUGUAAAGUAUAAAGUUGGACAAGCACAGCCACUCGUAUGAAGCUAAAGCGAAGGAUUCUGUGAGUAGGAAAUCUGGUGGUCAGCAGAUUCGAACUCAAAGGAGGAUGUUUUCACUGCGUUCGCUCGAGUAGCAGUCACUCGAGUUCCGGUAUCUCUCCCAACUCCCAACACCCAAGAGAAGAAGCCUUCCCUCCACCCUAUAAAUGCCUUUCGACUAAAUUUCCCCUAUUAUUUCCUCCAUUUUCCCCAAUUCAACUCCAGAAACUCAGAAGUAGAAAAAUCUAACUCCAGAAUGGGGUUCAGGUUCUCUAAUUUAGGUCCCAUGUACAAGGCCUACUGCAUCUCUAUAAUAUCUUCUUCCACAAACAUAAGGAACCGCUCUAAUUCUCUCAUUCUCCCAAUCAAUUCUUUUUUACAAGAUUCAUUGAUCUUCUCAGACAACCCCCAUUACAAGAUUCCUAGGAGAUGGCACGUUGGCCAUUCUCAUCACCAACAUCACUCGAGCAAGGAAGGCGAGAACAUUUUUAGGUUGGGUCUCGCUGCUGAUGUGGCUCUUGCCACCGGAAAAUGUUUUACCGGUUACUUGUCCGGCAGCACUGCCAUCAUUGCUGACGCUGCACAUUCUGUGUCGGACGUCGUCCUCAGCAGUGUUGCUCUAUUGUCAUUUAAGGUUGCAAGGGCUCCAAAGGACACAGAACAUCCAUAUGGGCACGGUAAAUUUGAGACUCUUGGAGCUCUUGGAAUUUCUUGUAUGCUUUUGGCAACAGCAGGAGGUAUUGCAUGGCAUGCUUUAGAUAUUUUGCAGGGAUUGUUGUUGACUCCAGAAGUAGUCAGUCAUUCAUCAGGUCAUGGUCAUGGACAUGGUGGACAUCACCAUGGAAUCGACAUGGAUCAUCCUAUCUUGGCUCUAAACAUGACUAUUAUAUCUGUCUCUGUUAAAGAAGGACUUUACUGGAUUACAAAAAGAGCUGGAGAAAAGGAAGGAAGUGGACUAAUGAAAGCAAAUGCAUGGCAUCAUCGUGUAGAUGCUUUUUCAUCAUUAGUUGCUCUUAUUGGUGUUGGAGGUUCUGUUCUUGGAGUAAAAUUUUUAGAUCCGCUUGCAGGACUUGUUCUUUCAGGCAUGAUUCUAAAGGCUGGAGUUGAAACAGGUUAUCAGAGUGUUAUGGAACUGGUGGAUUCUGCAGUUCCAAUGCAAGUUUUAGAUCCUAUUAAACAAACUAUAGUCCAAGUUGAAGGGGUCAAAGGAUGCCAUCGCUUAAGGGGAAGGAAGGCUGGCUCAUCUAUGCAUCUUGAUGUGCACAUAGAGGUUGAUCCUUUUUUAAAUGUUCGUGCUGCUCAUGAUAUUGGUGAAAAUGUUCGUCGUCAAAUCCAGAAGUCCCAUACUGAAGUUGUUGAGGUCUUUAUACACAUAGACCCUAUAUCACAAGUUUCUCCCAGUAUAACUGACCACGGGGUGGAUGUGAAGGGAAUAGACUACCAGAAUCUGAAUGUUUGUUUAGAGAAUUAUGAUGUCAAAGCUAUUGUUUAUGAUGUUCUCUCAUCAAAAUUCUCAGAGAUGGUAGCUGAACACAUUACAUACCACACGUUGCAAGGCGAGAAUGUACUCCAAGUUGAGGUCUCAAUGCCCGUUGACUUGCUAAUCCGAGAUGCAGCAGAGGUGGCGAAAGAAGCACAAAAGGAGAUUCUGAAGGCAGCUCCUAAUGUUAACCAAGUGAGCAUCCAACUAAGGUUGGGGCGUCCAACCCCAGAACACUGUGAAUCGCGAGGUGACACUCAGUUGUAACCAAAGCCUUUUGCAUUCUUUUUAGGUAAAACUAGUUUUUCCCUGGUGGGAAUUUGAACAUAUAAUUUAUAUUUUAAAUUCAUAUAUAUAUAUAUAUAUAUAUAUUACUUGAGGAGUUAGGGAAUGUUCCAAAUAAAUGAAAGCACUGGUGUCUAAUAAAAGAGGAGUACUAGGAAGCACAAGGUCGAUCGUUCUAGUUUUUCCCUGUGCACCAGAACAGAGACCUCACUUCCCCACUUGGGAGAUGUUAGGCAGGCACCUCACCUCUCCAAAGUGUAAUAAUGAGGUUGCGAACCUUGGCUUGGGAUGCUAACAGGUUAGGUUUGCCUUAGUCAAUGGGAUUACCAAAUCCAACCCGACCAUACAGGUUUCUAAUCAAGAUACUGACCCAAUCCUACCUGUGAAGACUGAAGAAUACCCUUAUUCCUACUUAGGGUGGGUCAUAUUUAUAGAUUUUUUCAAUUUAACUGUAUCACCUGUUAUGCAAGUUAUAUAAAUAUUUCAUUGUACAAAUUUGCCAUUGUUGUGGAUUCAUAGAAGUUAUAAACAUA